CAGUCUCUCGGUUUCUUUGGUGGAGGAAGGUUGUGCCACGUUCCCACUCGACCGUUUAAAUCGCCUGAGGCGUGAGACUCGCUUCAAAGAUGGCGGAGGACAGAGCACAGGCAAAACUGCCCUACCCAAGGUCGGCCUUCUUCGUUCUGGUCGGAUACCUGCUGGAACGUUUCGUCUACUAUGGGCUCUUCGGCGGCGCCGUCUUCUACAUGCAGAGGAUGCUGGGCUUCACCUCGUCCUCGGCCUCCACAGUCAAGGCGGUCAUGGAGGGCCUCAUUUAUUUGGCUCCCAUCGCUGGCGCCGUUUUGGCCGACACCUAUCUGGGAAAAGCAAGAACGGUGCUCAUAAUGUGCUGUGGAUAUACCAUAGGCGCCGCCAUCUUUACACUCUCAUCAGUCACGCCAAUAAUGAGCACCAUCACAGCUGCCAAAUUCACUGGUAUCAUCGGUCUCCUGGUGCUUGGCAUCUGUGCGGGAUUAAUGAAAGCUGUCUAUUCUUCUCUGGGCGCUGACCAGUUCAAAGUACCAGAACAGAGAGAGGAGCAAAAGAGAUACUUCUAUGCCUUCUACUGGAUGAUCAACGCGGGGGCUUUCGUCGGUCAAUUCAUGACUGCCCAGAUCCGAGAUUCAGUGCAAUGCUUCGGAGACGAUUGCUAUUUUCUGCCAUUCGCCAUCUUAGUAGGCUUUAUGGUUUGCUCCACAGUAAUAUUUGCAGCUGGUCGAUCACGAUACAUCGAGGCCCCUCCGGAUACAAUGUUGAUCAAUGCCAUCAAGUGCGCAGGGUAUGCUAUACGUAAAUCAUGGGAUAAACAUGAUCGCAAGCCUGUAGAUCACUGGCUUGACCGCUCCAAAGAGAAAUACGACAGUAAAUUAAUCAAGGAUGUGAAAAUUACUUGCCGUGUUCUUCUCCUCUUUUGUACAUAUCCCAUCUUUUGGGCCUUAUUCUACCAAACUUCGACUGGUAUGAUCUUCCAGGCUAAACGUCUUGAUGGCCUUGUAGGCACAUACCGUAUCCCACCAGAGAUGUCAUCUUCAAUCAAUCCUUUGCUGAUUCUGACACUUAUUCCUCUGUUUGAUCUGGUCAUUUACCCCUGUUUUGACCGCGCUGCUUUCCUGACGACAGUGACAUCCAGAAUGAUUGCUGGCAUGUGUUUUGCGGUCUCCUCCUUUAUUGUAUAUGCCAUUGUUAAUGUACAGGUUGAGCAGACUCUUAUUUUACCAGACCAUGCUCGCAUCCAUAUCUACAAUGCGUUGCCUUGUGAAGCCAAUAUCCAGCUGCCUAACUUUAACGCCGUUUUGGAAACAGGAGGACAGGUGGCUGUUCCUGAUUUCUUGACCACAAAUGCCCAGGAAAUCAAGGCCAACAUCGAACCCACAUGCCCAACUCCAGACAUGUCUGAUGUAACUGUAGUAACCUUAGGAGGUCAUGAAACUACACUGCUGUUAUCGCCAGUUGGAGCAAAAUCAUUACCACCAACUCUUGAGUAUAUCAAGAGUGAAGACGCUGAGGCAAAGGUGCGCAUAUUAACCACAACGCCAGAUGCUGAGAACGUCACAUUAAAGUAUGAUACCCUGGUACAACAAUUUCAGGUGAAAGAUGGAAUGACUCUAUUCCAAACCAUUAGCCCCCAAGAGUACAAGGUCUACCUGGGAGAAGUUGAAGUAGGUGAUUCUCCGAUACACCAGGAUGGUGUUUACGAUGUUGUUUUGACUGAAACGUCUCUGUUUGUGUUCCCAGUUACAAAACCUGCUUCGGUUCAUAUGUUGUGGCUCAUCCCUCAGUAUUUGCUCCUGACGAUUGGUGAAGUUCUAUUCUCAGUAUCUGGUAUGGACUUUGCCUACUCAGAAGCUCCGACAGCUAUGAAGUCCGUUCUUCAGGCUGCUAACCUCUUCACAAUCACUGUAGGCCUAUGGCUAUUUGCUGGCCUGACAAGUCUGAGCUCUGCCACAGGUGCGUUCCAGCACCGAGCCUCUCAAGAAGCCCUUCUUUAUGCGGGUCUUAUGGCAGCCAACACGGUCAUAUUUGUUCUUCUCCUACGAUGGUACAAUAGAGUGCCAAAGGACGACGGAGAAGAAGCAAAUACUGUGGAAGAAAAUGAAGACAAACAGCCGCGAGCAAUGGCAGCUGACAACAAAGCAUUUGUUGAGGAUGAUGCAGUGUAGGGUAAUGAGAUUUUGGUUGCAUUUAAGGAAUUCAAAUGAAAGACAAUGCAUUCACGAAAUGUGAUAUAUAUGCAUUACCUACCUAUUUUAGGUGUCUAGACUGAUAUACUGCAGUGUGUAUACACAUACUACAUGUGUGUAGGGGUAGUAUAUCACUCGAAUUUUCUGUGAUACAAGGAUAAGGUGUUACGAGAAAAGAUGGAAAUAUAGGACCAAUCACUUUGUUUUAUCAGCAUUUCACAAGUCCUUUUCCAUCAAGACCCUGACUAGAGAAGCAGCAGUACAGGAAAGUGUACCAGGCUAUUGACAAAUGGUUUUAUGUCAGGCUUAAAAAUUUAGUUAUGUUCACGUUACGAAUAAUAGUAUCUAACUUUAGACAUCUUGCCGUAAUAUCCAUGCGAAGUGUUGGUAAACAUAGCCCUUGGUGAGUAUUCCCAAGUCAAAAUUACUUAUGCAUUUACGGUAUAUGCAAAUAUCAUUGCUAUGUGCAUGCUAUAAUUGGUAGGCAUUUCAUUUUUAGGAAGUAUUUCCAAAUAUAUAUUUUGCUAUUUUUUUUUACAAAUAUCAAUAAACUAUUUAAUGAUUGUAAGGCACAUAAGAAAGAAGGGAUAGUUUUGCAAAAAUUCUUUGGAAACUGUUUUUGAAGUACUGUCCCCAUUAUUUGCGUAAAGAUAUGUAAAUGUGCAUUGAAGCUGUAAAACAGCUUCGUACCAUAUGUAUUUGUUAUUUCAUACUGUUUGUAUUUUUGGCCAUCCAACUGGUGUAUAUACGUAUAUAGUAUAAACUUCACAUUUUACUAUCAUCACUAAAAGACUUAUAAAAUGAAUACAGUAUUACGGAAAUGUAUAUAUUUUACAUGUUCUACAAUAAAAAGUAAA